AGAGGUGGAGGUGCUACAGCUCAUCAGCUCUUCACACACUAUAAAAGGUGAAAGGUAGAAUUUCCUCCCCAGUCUGAAGGCACCAUCUAAGCAAGCAGGCUACUGAAUCUCCACUGGAUACCUGCAAGGGAAUCUCACAACAGCACCAUGAUUUGCUGGAUCAUUGCUCUAGUGCUCCCCCUGGUGGUCACUGUUGAGACAGGGCUGCCGACCAACUGUGAGGACAUCUUCAACAACGGCCACACCCUCAGCAGUGUGUACACCAUCUACCCCACUGGACACAGCGUACCUGUGGAGGUGUACUGCGACAUGGGCUGUGAUGGCAAACAUGACGACGGCAGGUGGACGGUGAUCCAGAGGAGAAUGGAUGGCACUGUGAACUUCUACAGGCCCUGGGAUCAGUACAAGAAGGGCUUUGGGAACCAGAAUGGAGAGUACUGGCUAGGACUGGAGUGGCUCCACCAGCUCAGCAGGAAGAAGGCGUACGAGCUGAGGGUGGACAUGGAGGACUUUGAGGGGGGGCAGGUCCACGCCCAGUACUCCUCCUUCUCUGUGGCCUCAGAGGCCGACGGCUACCAGCUACAGGUGUCUGGAUACAAAGACGGUGGAGCAGGGGACGCCCUCGUUCAUCACAAUGGAAAGAAGUUCACCACCUUCGACAGGGAUCAGGAUCUGUCUUCCUCUGAGAACUGUGCUCUGUUGUACUUUGGGGCCUUCUGGUACAACAACUGCCACCACACCAACCCCAACGGGCUCUACAUGUGGGGCGCCCACAGUCGCUAUGGCCAUGGGGUCAUCUGGAACCAGUGGAAAGGGUUUCAUUACUCCCUGAAAUCCAUCACCAUGAAGAUCAGAUCAGUGUCCUGAGGAUGAGGAUGAUGAUGAUGAGGAUGAUGAUGAUGAGGAUGAUGAUGAUGAUGAUGAUGAUGAUGAUGUGCAUUUCUUGUACUCAGUUUGAGAAGAAAAAGAAAAAUAUUUUUACAGUACAGUGUGUGUGUGUGUGUGUGUGUUCUAAGAUCUGCCUUGGUCAGGGAGAUCUGGAUCAACUGUUGUUAUUUAAGUCAGGUGUGACUGACAUCUAUAAGAUCUACAAAACAGGACAAAGUCCUGACACAGCACAUUCCCCAUAGUUGGGACCUCGUAUAUGUUUUUGUGAGUCUGUUGGGGCCAUUUACAUCAAUCACACUGCCCCUUUUCCAGCCCAACUCUCUGUGUCCAAUAAAUGUACUUCUUCAUGAA